UUGUCCCUGUGGCCGCCAUUAAAGAAAGGAAUCCAUGAAUUCAAAUGGAAACCAACAGGAACCGAGGCUGAAAAAAAUGAUCGAAAUAAUCGUUAAAAUAUAGGCCGAUGGCAUAUUUCGAGAGGUUUUUACAGGAUGUAUUUCGUUUUUAGACUAAAUUUUGCGAAGGAGGAGUAAGACAGGACGUUUUUAUUUUUUUAAGCAGAGACCGUUUUAGGGCUAAGGGGGAGGGGGAGAGUUGCUUCUUUGCUCUCCUUUUCUUUUUGUUUUAUGAACAUUUGUCGCUUCCUUAAAUUUGUUUUUACUGUGUGCUUUUGAGAUGUCGACUUAAAGACCACACAGUCUCUUUUAUCCGCUUUUAGCUCCAGCGGGGGAACUGCAAUCGGAAGGUUGUUGAAUUAACUAUCCUCCAGCCAAAUGUUACAAAAAAUAUUUCUCGUUGAUUAAGCCUGCACAUCAUAGAAAAUACAAAUCCGCAAAUUGUUCUUUAUUUCCCGGGAAGUGAAAUGAUGGAGCGUUGGAUCUCACAGUGAAGAAGGAUGAGUUCUUGUUUUGUACCAAACGGGGCCAGCUUGGAGGAUUGCCAUUCCAAUCUAUUCUGUCUGGCUGACUUGACAGGGAUCAAAUGGAAGAAGUUUGUGUGGCAGGGUCCCACCUCUGCACCCAUCCUCUUCCCGGUGACGGAGGAGGAUCCCAUCCUAUGCAGCUUCAGCCGCUGCCUGAAGGCCGACGUGCUAAGUGUAUGGCGGCGAAGUCAGCGGCAGGGCCGGAGGGAGCUUUGGCUCUUCUGGUGGGGGGACGACCCUAACUUCGCAGAUCUCAUACACCACGAGCUUGCAGCCGAGGAAGAUGGGGUGUGGGAGAACGGCCUUUCCUACGAGUGUCGCACGCUGCUGUUCAAAGCCAUCCACAACUUGCUCGAGCGCUGCCUCAUGAAUCGCAGCUUUGUUCGCAUCGGCAAGUGGUUUGUCAAACCCUACGAGAAGGAUGAGAAGCCCAUCAACAAGAGCGAGCACCUAUCCUGCGCCUUUACCUUCUUCUUGCAUGGUGAUAGCAACGUGUGCACCAGUGUGGAGAUCAACCAGCACCAGCCCGUCUACCAUCUGACGGAGGAGCACCUCACUCUGGCUCAGCAGGCGUCCAGCCCCUUCCAAGUGAUCCUGAGUCCUUUCGGCCUGAACGGGACACUGACCGGCCAGUCGUUCAAGAUGUCAGACCCACCCACUCAGAAGCUGAUCGAGGAAUGGAACCAGUUCUAUCCCAUCGGCCCCAGCGCUAAGGAAGGUGUGUCGGAGGACAAGGUGGAGGACAUGGACUGGGAAGAUGACUCUCUGGCCUCUGUGGAAGUCCUCGUCGGUGGUGUGCGGAUGGUGUACCCAGCCUGCCUGGUGCUGGUGCCCCAGUCAGACAUCCCUGUUGUGGCCCCUGUGGGGUCCUCCCACUGCACUGCCGUCUACUCGGGUGGCCACCAAGUGCCUGCUUCCCAGCGAGAGCCCGCCAUUUCUUUGGUGACCCUCACCCCUCCCACGUCACCUGAGGAGGCGCAGACAGUGGACUCUCACUCGGCCCAGAAGUGGGUUAAGAUGCCUUCAUCGUCUGAUGUAUUCAGCGUGGACAGAACAAGUCACCAUGGAGGCAAGAUUCCUCGCCGGCUAGCCAGUCAGGCGGUGGAGCGCGUCUGGCAAGAGUGCAAUAUCAACCGAGCCCAGAACAAGCGAAAGUUCUCAGCUGCAACCAAUGGUACCUGUGAGGAGGAGCUGACUGAGAAAGUGGGAGCCUGGGAUUUUGUGGAGCCUUCACAGAGGUCAUACUGCAGCUGUUCGAGAUACAAAUCAGUGAAGCAGCGAACAGGCAGCACCCCGGGCCAAGCUCAGUCAGCAGGCCAGCCCUCCCAGCCUCCUACCAAGCACAAAGCUGGAGGAGAGAAGCCAGAGAAAGGUGACAAGCAGCAGAAAAGACCGCAGACACCCUUCCAUCAUCGAAGCCUGACCAGCGACGAGGCCACAAUAGAGACAGAGACAACUGCAGGUCAAAGGUUGACAAUGAGGGGCCAGGAAGGAGGAAGAUUCCCUAGUAUUCGCUCUGCGGAUGUGUCUGCCAUCCAAAAAGCCCCCCAGCUCCACAGUGGGGCGGUUAACGCUGGGCCAUCAGAACAGGCCAACUCCCCCCAACCCCCACCACUUAGCCCCCACCCCUGCGAGCGCGGCGAGGAGUCGGGCGAGGGCAUGAAGAACCCUUCAACCCCCAACAGCCAACACUUUUACCAGCCACCCCCAGAGCCCUGCCUGGUUGGGGUAAAGGGUGGCGGCGAGGAGCUCGGCGGACCAGAGGGUCUGAAUCAGCACUUCCACUCCCAUCACUCCCACCCACAUCCUGGAGUCUCGGUGUACUCCGAGCCUCCUGAGCCCACUGUGUAUGUGGGUGCAGCAGUCAACCUGGAGGAAGACAGCUCCCACGCUCCAUGGCGGUUAUUCAACCUACCCCGCAGGAAAGAAGCCGAGCUGGCCACACCGCUAUUGCCAGGGGACAAGCUAAGGGACGAGGCCUCUGCGUCACAGGACAACCUGGUGUCAGUCACAGAGGUCAUGUCUACAUCAAAAUGGCCACUAAAGGUGUCAGAAGAACGCGUCCAGAUGUAUCGAGCCAGGAGAAACCAGUACUUAUCUGCUGCCAUAACUGACGGAGAUCACGAGCCGGAGGUGGACCCCUACGCCUUCGAGGAAGGCGACGUCAAAUUCACAUUCUCCAACAAGAAGGAUAAGGCAGGCGGGGAGCGCGAGCCAGGGAAGAAACAUAAGGGUGAAGAUGGAGGAACAGGUCCCUCAGAUGAUGCUCAGCGGGCAGCUGCUCACAACCGCAUGGCUUCCACCAGCCUGAUCCACGAGACCGACCUGGUGGUGUCCAUCAACGACCUGGAUAACCUCUUCAACUCGGACGAGGAUGAUCUGGCGCCUGGUUCCAGGCGACCGGUGAAUGGAACUGAUGAGAAAUUUGGCAACAAGGAACCAAAGCCAUCCACUUUGGACCCUGUCUCCUGCAUUAGCUCAGCAGACCUGCACCAGAUGUUUCCCACGCCUCCCUCACUGGAGCAGCACAUCAUGGGCUACUCACCCAUGAACAUGUGCAGCAAGGACUAUGGCAGCAUGGACCCCAACCCAGGCAUGACCACACUGGAUGGCACCUCAUCUCUGGGAGGCCACUUCAAAAUUGAGGUGGAGGAGAGCUUCUGCAGUCCCAAGCCAUCUGAAAUCAAGGACUAUUCAUUCGUGUACAAGCCAGACCUGUGCCAGGCGUUCGUAGGCUGCUCCAUGUUUGCUCCUCUAAAGACGUUGCCCAGUCAGUGUCUCCCACCUAUCAAAGUACCAGAGGAUUGCAUCUACCGACCGAGCUGGACCAUGGGCCGGGAGAUGACCUUCCUCAACAAGGACAGUAACAUCCCCAGUGUGGGCAGCACCAUGGACCAGGACUACAGCCAGACUUACACCCCUCAGACCCACACACCCUUCAUGUCCAACAGUGCUCCACCAAGUAACAGUGGCGCUGGCAUCCUGCCCUCACCCGCCACCCCGCGUUUCUCUGCCCCCACCCCACGAACGCCACGCACCCCGCGCACACCUCGGGGCCCCGCCAGCGUCCAAGGCUCACUCAAGUACGAGAAUUCCGACCUGUACUCACCAGCAUCCACCCCUUCCACCUGCCGGCCGCUGAACUCGGUGGAGCCGGCCACAGUGCCCUCCAUCCCCGAGGCCCACAGCCUCUACGUCACUCUCAUCCUCUCCGAGUCCGUCAUGAACCUCUUCAAAGACUGCAACUUUGACAGCUGCUGCAUCUGUGUGUGUAACGUGAACAUAAAAGGGGCCGAUGCGGGCGUGUACCUGAGCGACCCCGUUGGUGAGGCCCAGGAAUCCUGCAGCUGUGGCUUCAGUGCUGUGGUCAACCGGCGUUACGGCAACGGCUCGGGCCUCUUCCUUGAGGACGAGCUGGAUAUCAUCGGCCGGGGUUCAGAUGUCAGCAGAGAGGCAGAAAAGCGCUUUGAGGAGCUGCGGCUCUCCUCGCUGGAGAGAACUGGAGUGGGGAGGGGCGACCGUGUCCCAGAUGAGCUGAUUCUCCUCCUGCAAGACCAGUGUACCAACCCUUUUUCACCCAUUUCAAUUCUGGAGCACGACAUAGUGACACGGGGGCCAAGCGGGGCCCCUGUACCACCCUGUGUGAGGGUGGAGGAGAGGGACUACCACAGCGACUGCUACAUGGCCCUGGAGCAUGGCAGGCAGUUCAUGGACAACAUGUCAGGUGGCAAAGUGGAUGAGGUGCUGGUCAAGAGCACCUGCCUGCAUCACUGGGGCAAACAAAACGCAGUGGAUGUGAGUGUGCUGUGCUCUCAGGAUGUGCUGCGGGCGCUAAUGUCCCUCCAGCCUGUACUCCAAGACGCAAUCCAAAAGAAGAGGACAGUGCGGUCGUGGGGGGUUCAGGGUCCUCUCACCUGGCAGCAGUUCCACAAGAUGGCUGGUCGCGGAUCUUACGGCACGGACGAGUCCCCAGAGCCCCUGCCCAUUCCCACCUUCCUGGUGGGUUAUGAGUAUGACUUUGUGGUCCUGUCUCCUUUCGGUCUGCCCUACUGGGAGAAACUGUUACUGGAUCCCUUUGGCUCCCAGAGGGACAUUGGGUACCUGGUGGUUUGUCCUGACAACGAGGCCCUGCUGAGUGGCGCCAAGAGCUUCUUUCAAGACCUCACCGCAGUCUAUGAGUCAUGUCGACUAGGCCAGCACCGGCCCAUUUCCAAAGGCUACCCUGAUGGCAUAGUCCUUGUCGGCGGCAGCGGAGCCAAGAACCUCGUGGAUCAGCCAGUGAGCGACUGGUUCCUCAAGGCUGCCAGUGGCAACAGCGACGCCUUCACUAAGCUCAAACUCUAUGCACAAGUGUGCCGCCACAACCUCGCUCCAUACCUCGCCUCACAGCCAUUGGACAGUUCCCUCCUCACACAGCCCAGUCCCCCGCCCUCAUCCAACCAGUCAUCUUCCACACAACUGUCUAGCUCCGCCUCCAGCUCAGUGGGCCAGCAGGGCUCAGUGAACGCUGCAGGCUCCUCGGUUACCAACAACAACAACAACAACAGCAGCAGCAGCAACACUGGGUCCGGAAAUGGCUCUGCAUCAUCCAACAGCCUGGUGACAACCUCAGGCCAGCCUGGCAGCGGAAUGCCGUCUGCCAAGCCCAGCUCUUUCCCCCCCUUUGGGAGCAUGGGCAGCCAGGGUCAGGGAGGUGGACCCCAGAGUGGACAGCUGGGACAGCAGGCUGGUACCCAGAAUACUGGCACCUCAGGGGACAACUCCAGCAGCCAGACCCAGGGGCCCACAGAGCCUCCUGAAAGCACUUUGGAACGAGAGAAAGUAGGCGUGCCCACGGAUGGGGAGUCCCAUGCCAUCACGUAUCCACCUGCCAUUGUUGUUUACAUUGUGGACCCUUUUAGCUACGAUGAGGCCGACGGCGGCCCAGGCCCGGUACCGGCCCACUCCAGCGUGUGGACGCUGGGUUUGCUACGCUGCUAUCUUGAGAUGCUUCAGUUCCUGCCCGCCCACGUCCGCAAUUCUAUUUCUGUACAGAUUGUCCCGUGCCAGUAUCUGCUUCAGCCAGUACGAGGCGAAGACCGUCAUAUCUACGCCCAGCACCUCAAGUCUCUAGCCUUCUCUGUCUUCGCUCAGUGUAGACGGCCACUGCCCACCUCCACCAAUGUCAAGUCACUAACGGGCUUCGGGCCCGGCUUGGCCAUCGACACGGCACUGAAGAGCCCAGAGAGGCCGGAGUGUCUACGUCUGUACACACCUCCAUUCAUUCUAGCACCGGUAAAGGACAAGCAGACGGAGCUCGGGGAGACGUUUGGGGAGGCAUCGCAGAAAUACAAUGUGCUGUUUGUAGGAUACUGUCUGUCCCAUGACCAGCGCUGGCUUCUGGCUACAUGCACUGACCUAUAUGGGGAACUGCUGGAGACCUGCAUCAUCAACAUUGAUGUGCCUAACAGGGCGCGGAGGAAAAAAGGCUCGGUUCGGCGGCUCGGUCUACAGAAGUUGUGGGAUUGGUGCUUAGGGCUGGUGCAGAUGACAUCAGUCCCCUGGAGGGUGGUGAUUGGCCGACUAGGCAGAAUAGGGCACGGAGAACUAAAAGACUGGAGUAUUCUGCUGAGCAGGACAAGCCUCCAGUCACUGAGUCGCCGCCUGAAGGAAAUGUGUCGAAUGUGCGGCAUCUCCGCCUCAGAUACUCCCAGCAUCCUCAGCGUGUGCUUGGUUGCCAUGGAACCCCAGGGAUCGUUUAUCAUCAUGCCAGACUCAGUGUCAACAGGCUCCGUGUUUGGCCGCAGCACCACCCUGAACAUGCAGACAUCCCAGCUGAGCACCCCACAGGACACCUCCUGCACCCACAUCUUGGUCUUCCCCACCUCCGCCUCCGUCCAAGUGGCCAGCUCCAAUUACACCAACAUCGACCCCAACCUCGACAUUCUCAACGCCACCACUGAUGGGUCUGAUGCUAUUGGGAUCUUUGACCUGCUGGACCAGGAGAACGAGUUGGUGGACCCAGACAUCAUCAACAUCUCGCCCACCACCUCACCAGUACACUCCCCUGGCUCUCAUUACCACCAUGGAGGUGAUGGCAGUAAGGGUCAGAGUACGGACCGCAUGGAGUCUCAUGACGAGGCUGCAGCAGCCUUCGGCCUGUUGCAGCAGCCUUUGGCUCUUGGCUACUUUGUCUCCACGGCUAAAGCCGGCCCGCUACCCGACUGGUUCUGGUCAGCCUGUCCGCAGGCUCAGAACCAGUGUCCACUCUUCCUCAAGGCCUCUUUGCACCUCCAUGUGUCUUCAGUGCAAUCAGAUGAACUACUGCACAGCAAACACUCCCACCCCCUCGACUCCAAUCAGACCUCAGAUGUACUCAGAUUCGUGCUGGAGCAGUACAACGCCCUCUCCUGGCUGACUUGUGACCCGGCCACACAGGACCGACGAUCAUGUCUACCUAUUCACUUUGUGGUGCUCAACCAGAUGUACAACUUCAUCAUGAACAUGUUGUAACCAAUGGCCUGUUACAGGAAGGAUGUAGGCGAAGCAUUUCAUAGAAGAGGAAGGCGACAACUCCUAAGGGAGUUUUAUCAAGACUGAAGAAAAAUGCAAGAACCAGAACCAGAGUAUGGAGCUGGAUCCUGCACCAAGACGGGAUUAGACGGCUGUUUUAAAGCUGAGACGGUCCUGUCCCCCAUGGCUGUUACUGGUUGAGACAGUCCUGUCCCUGUGAUUUAAAGACAUGCACAUAGAGACAAACCAGAAGUUGAGUUGCAAUUAAUGAACGUGAGAGAAUGACAGAUUGGUUGUUAUGGUAUGUAGCAUGGCAGCACAGUCACUGGCCAGUCUGUAUUGGAGAGACAAGUUUAUCUGUAAAGUUAUUGGAAGAAAAGGGACAUAUUUGAUCAAGGAAAAAACUCAAGAAUGGAUCUUUGGUUUUAAGGCCUGAAAUUCCUUUUUAUUCCUUUGGAUGAAAUAGUAUCCAAAUGAAAUGCCUGCAUCUAUCUUAUUUAUUGUAAGUUUUUAAAUGUAUAAUUUGUCUUAUUUCUUAACCUCUUUUAUAUAUAAAAUGGAGAAGGUUUAUAUCACCUUCCUGCUUUAAAGCAAUUGGUCUAAGAUAUAUGUAAUCGUCUUAAUUAAAAAAACAACCAGGAGAAAAAAAUCCCAUAAAAAUUAAAUAAAGUCCCAGUAGGUUGCUUUUAGAGUAUUAUUUUUUGUAAUGGAGACAGAAUAUUUGUAUUGUCACAAUGUACAGAAGAAUUAGAGUGGAGAAUUAUGUUCCAUGCCUUUGAGCAUGAAGGACUUACAGCAAAGCUGUAGCUACAGAGGACUUGUACAGCAAUGAACUUCACUGUGUUCAAAUAAAGAGGUACAUUGUUGUAUAUAGUAUUUUAUACCACACAUUUAGACACAAAAACCAAACGGCAAUAUAUAUAAAUAAUUAUAUAUGAAUGCCAUGCCAGCAGUUGGUGGUGUGGCUUCUGUUUUAGGAAUAAAGUCCGUCAACUUAUUUUCCUGUACUUGUGUUUAUUGCUUUGGGGAGGGGGACUGAUGGGGGAGUGAUGUGCAAUUGGACAAGGACACCCAAUAGUGCAGUGGAAGAACUAUUGGCAUCUCUUGGAAGUAGCUGACCUCAGGUUUGAUCUUUUUUUUGUUUUUUAGAAGAGAAAGAAAACGAGAGCAAGAAUGUGAUAAAAGAUGUCUUAAUGGCAAACAUGCAGUGUCCUUUUCAGCACAUCCCUUUAGCUCAUUGCACCUCUCCUUACUCUGAUUGGCUGAGAUCUGAAUCUUUUGGCACCACUUCUGAUUGGUUAUGGACACAUUUAGACCAAUCCCAUUCUACUUCAGUGUGAAAGUAAAUGUGUGGUGUAAAUGAACUUUAACCAGCUAUGGAUGGCUGCCCAACUGAUAUGCAGUGUUUGUGCACAGAGGAAGAUCUACUGUCUGGAUUUCUCCUGUUCAGAGGGAAACUGUACUUUUGACUUUUGAAAAUCCAUUGGUAUUGCUCUUUAUGUUGCAUAUUUGCCAACAUUUGUUGGCUUGAAAAGUUUGACCAACAAAAUGUAUUUGGUCUUUUUGAGUGUAGAUAAAUACAUUCAAUAUUUAAUAAAACCCUGAAAAUAUA